CCGAAACUGAACCACACGCGUGAGGUGAAAAACUUAAAAUAAACUCUGCCUGGGAUUCUUUUCAACAAACAAUACCUAUUUUAUACACAUACUCUGUAUAAAAAAAGAUCGUUCCAGACAGGAAGAGUAGACGGAGAGCAGAGGAGGAGGCAAGCUGUGGCUCCACUGACACGAAACCAACCGAGGAGCUGGAAGGUGAUGCUGUUAAUCCUGGCCUCUCUGAUGAUAAUUGUGGUCGGGGGGUCUCCCUGGGAGGGCUGGAGCCCCGAGACGAGCCCUGUGACAGAGGGGAGCCCAGGUGAGGCUGGCAUGGAGCUGGGCAAGGUGGCAGACUGGCCCUCUCCAGACCAUCUGGAGCUGAAGGAGUUGGAGGAUAGCAGUGCACUCCCCCUCCAGUCAUCCUUGGACAACCUGUUCUCGGAGCCCUCUCUCCCUGAAUUUUCUGAGGACCAUCAAAACCGAUGGGAGCGCUCUGCUCCAGUCUCCAGGCAACAGAAAGGGUCCAAGAAGGGACGGAGAAAAAACAAGCCUUCAUCCAGGGGGGACUGCAAAAUACGGACCCUACACGUCCGGGUUCAAGACCUGGGGCUGGGCUACGAUUCAGAAGAGCUUGUGCUCUUCAAGUACUGCGCCGGGUCCUGCCAGCUCGCCCGCUCGAACCACGACGUGACGCUCAGUACACUGCUUCAGAAGAAGAUCAUCCACGGGGGCCGGGGCGAGGAAAACAUCAGUUCUCAUCCUUGCUGCCGGCCAACCCGAUAUGAGCCCAUCACAUUCAUGGACAUCCAGAACAGAUGGAAGGCCGUGGAGAAGCUCUCGGCUGCAGAGUGCAGCUGCUUGGGUUGACAGACGCAUCCACCAACUCCUUUUCUAAGGAGAUGAUACAGAAUAUGCAGGGCAGAGCUUCUGUUCAAGAAAAUUGUGGAGUUGUGACCAGGGGGUGCCAGGGUUGUAGUUCAGAAUGGAAGCAAGCAUCUAGCGGCUUCUGUGGUGGCUUUUUACCUCACUGAUCAUGCAUUCAGAAACAACGGUGAUGCUUCGUAAUGCUGGGACACCUUGAGGACAGGAGGAAAGACCGACCUGGUGGUAGAGGGCUUUAUGCAUUGCCUGGGCUUCAUUUUGACCCCUCCACCCCUCAGUUCUACUGCUUUCUGGGAAGCUGGAAAACAUCUUGCCUAAGCCAGUAGUGACAAUCCCUGCACCCUGGCACCCAUUAAAACAGCCAGGGCAAGGCAGUGCACUUGCCAAUGGCUCUAGACAUAUAGAAAUGUUGGGGGGUUAUCUGCAAACACUGCCAUGGGUCCAUUAAUGCUUUCAGUUACACGUGCUGGGAAAAUUUGCUUGUUUAUUCCUUGAAGUUCUGCUAUGGCUGCCCUCUGGAGACGACGAUCUGUAGAUGGUAUUGUUUCAAAGGAGCUGAUUGGACGCUGAAGGAACCAAUAGAAAGGAAGGUGAAGUGGGCCACACAUGAUGGACAGUUUGUGUGUUAAAGCAGACUGACUUGAUCUUUUCAACAAAUACACUGCACUGGCAGAAAAGAAAAUAUACAUUUAAAAUGCAUUGUUUAGAAAGGAAAGCGAGGUCAUUUUAUAGAAUGGAGUGAGUGGAUGUUUGGAAUGAAAGAAAAGGCUAUUUACUAUCAAAGCUCUAGUCUCGCUGAAGUGUGCAUCAGGGGUUUGGAUUAUUUGAGACUGUAGACUUGCAGGGCAAGCUUUGUUAGAGGUGCACAAGGGAAGGUGAAGAGAAGACUUUGGGCAUUUGCUCAUAACCACUAGGACUAGGUUUUUCUCUGAGCUGGCAGCAGAGCUGGAAAGACUAGUGGCAGUCCCUUUUACAUUAACAACAUCUUCUUUAAAAGCCAACCAUCAAUGUACACCUUUUUUUUUGUUUGCUAUUUAUUUUGUAUGUAUUUACUCAGGAUAGCUCAACUGGAAGGCAAUGAGAGAUGGUGAUUAAAGCAAAGGAAGAGCCAAAUUCAAUAGUAAUUCCCUUGCAGUCACUUCCUGUCUCUCCUCAGUCAAGUUUCUGGAACAGUAAAUCUGCUUUACAACCUGUGCAUAGCAUUGGAUGCUCUGUGUCUCCAUAUAUUAUUGUACUAAUGGUUUUGAAACUGGUAUCCUAGCUCACUGUCCUUCACCUUUGUUACUUGGUCUGACUCCUUCCCAGAAUACCUAAAACCUGGUUUAUUAAUGCAAACCUGUGCUGCUCAAUUGGUUGUCAGGUGCAGCUUGGUUCACUAGUGCUGUGUGAGAACCUAAUUGGUACUGUAGAAUCCUGGUGGUAGAUUCUGUUUGAUGUA